AUGUCUUCGCCGCUGGGCUUUAUUCCGUGGAGGAGGAGGGCAUUGAGCUCGUCCUCACGGCGCGACCUGUCGCAGUCGCAAGCCGGGGAUGCUCACGGCCAUCCUCCAUCAGCUCCGCCCCUGGCCACCGGGAGCCGAUCCGGUCCUUCAUCCACGGCUCCGUACGAGAGAGCUUGUGUAUUGCCUGUCGACAGGGUACAGAAUGCGCGAAGUGUGGGGGAAGACACGGCGGAGCUUGCGAGCUACCUGCUCUCAGACGGACAGGCCCAGUCGAGUCCUGCAUUCCUGCAACGGGCGAGAUCUUCUUACCAUGAAGGUGUGGGGUCCGAUGCUAGCGAUGAUACGUCCACUGGCGAGCAUGCGCGCAACUCGGCGACGAUUGUUGAGGUUUCUGAGCCCCCAUCGCCAGAAGCCCAGGAGCACGAAACCGAAGCGCCCGCUGGCCGCUCGGUGCUAGCGAAUCUACUCAAGAGGUCACCUCCCCAGUCGAUUGCCCAAGAUCACCUCCACAGCCCCGAUAAUGGCGAAGUCAGUGACAACGACCAGACCCUCGUUGGGCAACAGCGGGACAGCCACCACACGAACGAGGCCUCGGAGCAGAUGCCAUUGUUAUCUACGGUGGCUUCGGGCGGCAGGCGAUGCUAUACAGGGGACCUCGAGGGACAACAAAAGUCUCAAACAAAGCGUCCAUGGAUAAGUGGUUUGGUGGAAGCCGGCCACAAGAUGGAAGAGCGGAUGGCCCAUGGCGUUGCAGUGGCCGUCAACCCUCGUCGCUGGGAUCGCAAGGCAUUGUGGCACGGCGCUGUGGUCGCGCCCGUCUCUUGCCUGCCUGUCGUGGCAGUGGGCCUCCUGCUCAACAUCCUGGAUGCUUUAUGCUACGGCAUGAUCAUUUUUCCUCUGGGGAAGCCCAUCUUUGCUCAUCUCGGUUCCGCCGGAAUCUCGGUCUUCUAUGUCAGCACCAUUGUGUCCCAGAUCACCUUCUCAUCGGGGAGCAUCUUCAAAGGCUCAGUGGGUUCUGAGCUGAUCGAAGUCGUUCCUUUCUUCCACAACAUGGCAGCGACGAUCACCGACACUGUUGGCGCAGACAAACCCGAUGCAGUGAUUGCCACCACUAUUGUGUCAUAUUCCGUCAGCUCUAUGAUAACCGGCCUCGUCUUCUUUCUCAUGGGACGGUUCAAGGUUAGAUACAUGGUGGGGUUCAUCCCCAGGCACAUCUUGAUUGGCUGCAUCGGCGGUGUUGGAUGGUUCUUGAUCGCCACUGGAUUCGAGGUUUCGGCUCGUCUCGAUGGUAGUCUUCAGUAUGACCUCGACACGCUGAAGAAGCUGGCAGACUCGGCGACCGUCAUGCUCUGGGUCACCCCCCUUGUGUUGGCUAUUGUCCUCUUCUAUGGCCAGUCCAAGAUCACAUCCAAGUUCUUCUUGCCUCUGUACGUUCUGGCGAUUCCACUGACCCUCUACUUCUUUGUACUCGCAAUCGACGUCUUGGAUGUGGACGUGUUGCGCGACCAUGGAUGGAUCUUUCAAGGCCCACCCUCUGGUGAGCCGUGGUGGUACUUCUACACGCUCUACAAGUUCAAACUUGUGCGUUGGGAUGCUGUUAUUGAGACCAUUCCCGCAAUGCUAGCUUUGACCUUCUUCGGUAUUCUCCACAUUCCGAUCAACGUCCCUGCCUUGGUUCUCAAUUGCGGCGAGGACCAUGCCGAUCUCGAUAAAGAGCUGAGGCUUCACGGCUAUUCCAACUUCCUGUCUGGUUGCUUCGGCAGCAUUCAGAAUUAUCUGGUCUACGCCAACACCGUCUUCUUCAUGCGAUCAGGCGGGAAUUCUCGGCUUGCGGGCUACAUGCUAGCAGCAGCAACCUUCGGAGUUAUGGUCGUGGGUCCAUCACUUAUUGGGUUCAUUCCUGUAAUGAUGGUGGGCACCCUGAUCUUCGAUCUCGGCUUUGAGCUGCUGCUGGAGGCGCUGUGGCUCCCUCGCAAAAAGCUGAAGCUGGCCGAGUAUCUUACUGUCGUCGUGGUUGUCCUUGUCAUGGGCAUUCAUGACUUCGUGGUGGGCAUCGGGGUCGGUAUUCUACUGGCCUUUGUGUCGCUAAUCCUGCAGACGUCCCGGGUGUCGGCAAUUCGUGCAAGCUAUUCCGGCGACAUUGUCACAUCCACAGUGAGGCGCAAUCCCUCGCAGCAUCAUUAUCUGCAUGAAGUCGGCCGGCAGAUUUAUAUCGUGAAACUUACAGGGUACCUCUUCUUUGGCACCAUUGUGAGUGUGGAGGAGAAGAUUCGAGACCUCUUGGAGGAUGACGCCUUUUUCAAGCAGCCCAUCAAGUUUCUGAUUUUGGAUUUGUGGCACGUCACUGGGCUCGAUUACUCUGCCGGCGAGGCUUUCAAUACCGUCAGCCGGUUGCUCGAUAAUAAGUACGUUGUUCUCGUCCUAAGCGGCGUGGACGCCGAAAGCCAGCUUGGGCGAAAUCUGAGAGCUGUUGGGCUAGGGAGCGAUGGGAUCGAGGUGUUGAUGCUCCCCAAUCUCAACUCUGCAUUGGAAAGCUGCGAAAACGAGCUCCUCAAGACUCUCUAUGCUAGGCAGGAGGAAUUGAAUUCCCUGAAGCGGCUUUCCGUCCAAAAUCUGGAUGUCCCUGCGGCGAAGUCCUCGGCUCUGUCGUCCUUCGACCCGCCGUUCUUCUCGCCUCGUCGGAACUAUCUCGUCGAGGCGGCUCAUGACGCUCUCAGCAGUAUCGAUAUCCAGCACCCAACCAAGUGGCAAAGCUUCAAGGAGCCUCUCAGGCUCAUGCUGCAGAUCUUCCAGGGCCUGAGCGACAAGAACGAGGGCUUUUGGUUCCCGGCGACCACAUACUUUACCCGCCGGGAGUACCCUGCCGGCACUGUCAUCUCCCGGCGCGGAGAGCAAGCCAAUGGGUUUUACCUUGUGGAACGAGGCAUCGUCCGCGCCGAGUACGACCUUCCCCAGGGAUGGCUGUGUGAGAGCAUCCUAGCGGGAACGACAUGUGGCGAACUGCCUUUCUUCUCGGACACAGAUCGGACAGCAACAGCUGUCGUGGGAAGAGAUUGUGUGGUCUGGCUUAUGGAUCGGGAACAUUUGGCCAGGAUUCAGGCGAAGGAUCCUGAAGUCGCGCGGGAGCUAUUGAGGAUAUCCUUGAAGCUCACCAGCGAGCGAAUGAGCGCUAUUACGUCGUACAUCUUGACUACGGCGGGGUAGGACCUUUGCCAUUUCAUAGUAUGUCGAAACAAAAUGAAUCAAACAAAAGGACUUUCGGAAGAUACAGGAGUCUCUGUUGAAAUGAGCAUGUUGUAUUAAUUGAAGAAGAAAACUAGCGCUAACCAGCGGAAGCUAUUGACAAGAAGACAUCCACAUCCCAGCCACCAAUGGAUCGGAAUAGCCAUUGAUCCGUCAAACAACGGAUCUCAACA